AUGUUCUAUUGCUGCUGUUGUUGCAAGCAGCAAAGAGGAAGGAGAAAUGCUGAUGACACGACAAUGAUGACAUCUCAAGCUUUUGAAGAAGGCAGCAAAAAGAGUGGUGAUGUGAUAAGCAAGACGAGUGCCACACAGGGCACUGAGCUGAGAAUGUGGCUUGGGAUCGCAGUUCUAAUUCCUCUUGCUGUGUGUUUGGCUGUGGAGGAAGCAACCAUUGAUGAAGGAACCCCUUGCUCAAAGUACCAGCUAGCUUUCAACCAUUCAUGCUAUGAGUUUGUUAGACUCCAGCAUACCUUCACAAGUGCCCAGAGCUGGUGUGAGAGAGGAGGAGGGCACCUUGUCUUUAUUGAAAAUGAGGAAACUCAAGAGUUCCUGCAAAAACAUAUUGAUGAGGAUCAGGAAUGGUGGAUAGGACUGAUCUCAAACUCCUUGCUGAAUGGAACUACUGACGGGUCAAUGAUUUGGCUGGACACUUCAAAUAUAAGCUACAGUAACUGGUACAAGGAUCAGCCAUCUCCCUUCUCAUCCACAUGUGGGUACAUCCUGAAGAACGCCAAGUAUCAGUGGGGUGUGACUGAAAAUUGCAGCCAGGAAUUUGACUUCAUUUGCGAGUUUGAAUCUGGCCAGAGCAUUGCUUGUGAUAAUUACAAUGCCACUGUACAGUGUGGAUCAGGAGAAGUUAUUCAAAUUGGAGAGAGCUUCUAUGGACGGAAGACUCCUCACUACUGUGUAUCAGAGACUCCUCUCCAGUAUGAUACAGAUGAAGACUGUAGCUGGAUCAGUGUCAAAGACGAAGUAGCAGGCCAGUGUCAUGGUCUUCAGGCCUGCCAGGUGGCAGCAGAUGGCACUUUCUUUGGAGAUCCUUGUCCAGCUUCUGGAAGCUAUUUGUCUAUUCAGUACCACUGCAAGGAAGGUCUGCAGCUGGUUGUAACAGAUGUAUGCUUUGCCUUUGAAAAUAUCAUGGUCACUUUGAACUGGCUGCUCUUUCCAUACUCUGGCAAUCUUUCCUGUAUCAUUAGCACUGGAGAUGGCCACACUAUUGAUCCUUACUACCCUCUAACACUGGUCAGCAAUGUCACAUAUAGAUAUUCAUCUCCUGGAGAGUUUACUGUUUUUGUGGAAUGCACCACCAGUGAAUGGCAUGUGACGGCACAGAAGCGGGUGACUGUUCAAGAUAAGAUGGAUCAACUAAGCAUUACUGGGUGCUAUAGCCAGUAUGAAUCUGGGAACAGCUCUCACUGCCGUACACUGUAUGGGGAGUUGCUGUGGAUUCAGGUUGAACUCAAUGGAGGCAAUGGAGUGACCUACAUUAUAUUAGCAGAUAACAUGACACUCACUGAAUCCAGAGCAAAGGAAGGAAUUAUCCCUCACAAUCUGACACUCGACAGUGCCUCUCAAGAGCUGCUAGGCCCAGGGAUACAUCAGCUGGAAAUCCGAGCAUCCAGCAACACAACUGCAUCGGAUAUCUCUGAGAGUAUUGCUGUUCAGUUAAUUGAGCCAGUAUCUGGUCUUCAGGCUGCAUUAGCUUCUCACACUUUGCAGCUAGGGGAGAAUUUGGAGAUUAAUGUCUCUGUGUCUCAUGGUGCCCCAGAUAAGCUGAAGUUUGAGGUGAUUGGACCUAAUGAAACUCAUGCUCACAAAGAAGAUGGCCCUCAUGGGGAACCUCGAACGUACAUCAUUCCCGUGCACUCUGAAGGUACUUUCCUAGUGAAAGUGGUGGCCAUGAAUACCUUCUCAAACAUGAGUCUGGAUCUUGGGUUCAUCACGGUGUUGGCAAACAGUUCUCAUAAAAAAGAUUCUGCUAAGGAAGAAGGCAGCUCCAAAACAAAUACCCAAAAGACAAAUGAUCACAAAAGAAAAAACAAAAUAUAUAUUAAACCGAGUCGCCAUGUGGAUCCCUUCACAACUGUUACUCUUGGUUGGCCAGACAACAACAAUAAUUCCAGUUUUCUCUGGUCCUGUGGAGCUUGCUGGCCUGCGUGGAAUGAAUGUGUGCAGCAACAGAUAAUCCUAACCAACCAAACUGAGGUGCAAAUCCCACCUUCCUGCCUUCCUCCUCCAAAGUCAGCAGUGACUGUCAGGGUUACAGUCCGAAACCAUGGCAAUGAAGAGAGGCAGGACGAGCAAUGUCUCUAUGUGACGGCGAAACAAGAACUGCAACUGAAAAUCAGAUGUGAGGCAAACUGCAAGCCAGUGAAUGCUAGUGAUGAAGCUGUUUUGAGUGUCUCUGAACAGAAGGACUCCCAGGCCAUAUAUUAUAACUGGUAUUUAGAUAACACGUUCCAAACCAAGUCUCUGACCCUCCCUCUAGCCUGUGGCCUGACUGGUUUCCGGCAGAACUCUUUGAAUUUGCUUCAAAGCAACACAUCCGUGUUAAAAAUGAACAGCUCCUUCUUGCAGACACAGGGAGAAGCUUUUCAGAUUAAAGUAACAGCAAUGACUCAGCGUGGCUAUGGGGAGGAAACAUACCUUGUCAGCACCGUGCCUCCGCCCGAGAUCCCCAGUUGUGCCGUGUCUCCCAAGCAGGGAUCAGUGCUCACCACAUUCACAGUCUCCUGCAGUGCUCCUUGCUUGGCAGAUUCAUGCCAAUCUGGACAUAACAGCCAGCUCACAUACUGCUUCUAUCUGAGAUCAAAUUCUCUCCUGCACUGUGGCCCGGAUCCUGAACUCUUCCCAGUUUAUCUUCCACUUGGAGAAGAGGAAAAUAAUUUCAUUUUACAUAUGACAAUUACUGUUAGCAACAGUUAUGGUGAUACAGUUCAAACUAACGCUUCGGUGAAGGUUGGACAUGCAGAUAUGAUCGAUGGGAACCUGACCCUGCAGGCUAUUGUAUCUGAGAAGGCAAACACCAUCCUAAAAGAUGGGAACAACAGCAUGAGUCUUUUCCAGCUGUAUAAGUCAGUGACAUCAGUCCUUAAUCAGGACAUGCAAGAGGAAAGCUUUAACAUAUCUUUACAGACAGACACACGAAAAGAGCUCCGAGGGCUGAUGCUGACAACUCUCUCUGCUGUUAACGUAACAUCAGUGCAGACUGCUCUUAAGAUGUCAGAAGUACUGAAAGAAAUCACUUACAGGAGUGAAGAGCUGUCUGUCUCAGCACAGGUGGAAGCUAGCAACACUUUAAAAGAUGUCAGUGCUUCCUUGCUCACUGUAAACACAGAGGACAGCAGAGAUGAUCAGAAGCUAAAGGAUGCAGCCAACUAUCUAUUUAAUGCAGUGAGCAAUGUUCUUAAAGCUUCUGUAGAAAUCAGAGCUGCGAACACUUCAGUGCCAGAGGCAGAACAGAGUUCAAUGUCGCACCAGCUCCUGAAUACAGUUGAAAAUCUACAGAGUGCCCUUCUGUUUGGGAAAGAACCUGAUAAUGAACCAACAGUCCUUACCACUCCUUCUGCCACAAUGUAUAUACACAGAUUACAAACAGAAAACAUGGAUGGCACAUCCAUUAACAUCUCCAGUUCCAGCUCUGCCAGCUUUACUCUCCCACCUGCUUCCUCACUCAGUGUUUCAGGAGUUGAUGAUGAAACAGUGGAUAUAAGGAUGGUGAGCUUUGCCGUGAAUCCCUUUUUCUCCAGUGACACCAGUUUUGACAUCAGUGGAACAGUGGGAGGUCUAAGUCUUACUGGUCUGGAUGGCUUGAUCAUACCAGUCAGCAAUCUCAAAGAGAACAUUGAGAUAAUGUUACCAAGGCUUUCAGCAACUCAGGAAGAUAAGAUUAUGUUGAAUCUGGGCAAUUUUAGCACUUUCCAUGUCAAUGUUACCUCAGAAAACACAUCUAUAGUGAUCUACCUGGAAUCUGAACAUGACAUUCCACUAAUACUCUACUUAGGGUACGGUUAUCGCCCAAAUGAAACUAACUAUGAUAUGAAAAAUCAUCUGUUCUAUAAGAAAACUACUGGAGGUGAGACAAACACCUGGGUUCUUAGCCCAGAAGAACUCAUUUUUGGAGAGGGAACCUACUACUUCAUGGUUUUACAAGAUAUGGGAAUGGAUUCCGCAGUCUAUGACAGGCUAACUAUAGCAGUCACUUGCUUUGCAUCCCGCUGUGUAUUUUGGGAUGAGCACCAGGGGAACUGGAACAGCUAUGGAUGUCAUGUAGGACCAAAAACAAAUCCUAGAAGCACACAGUGCCUCUGCAACCAUCUGACCUUCUUUGGGAGCUCCUUCUUCGUCAUACCCAAUGCCAUAGAUGUUAGCAAAACUGCACAGCUAUUUAGUACAUUUGUGGACAACCCUGUGGUGGUGACAACUGUAGGCUGCAUCUUUCUGAUGUAUGUGCUUGUAGUUAUUUGGGCUCGAAGGAAAGACAUCCAGGAUGAUGCCAAAGUGAAAAUCACAGUACUGGAAGACAAUGACCCCUUUGCUCAGUAUCGUUAUCUUGUGACAGUUUUUACAGGACACCGCCGUGGGGCAGCCACAACCUCCAAGGUGACUCUCACCCUCUAUGGACUGGAAGGAGAGAGUGAGCCACACCAUCUAACUGAUCCUGAUACACCAGUCUUUGAACGUGGAGGAGUCGACGUUUUCCUACUCUGUACCUUCUUCCCUCUCGGGGAACUGCAGAGUAUUAGACUGUGGCAUGAUAAUUCAGGGGACAGUCCAUCCUGGUACGUGAAUCGAGUAUUGGUCCAUGAUCUGGCAUGGGAUCAGAAAUGGUACUUCCUCUGUAACUCUUGGCUAGCCAUUGAUAUUGGAGAAUGUGUCCUAGAUAAAGUGUUCCCAGUAGCUACAGAACAGGACAUGAAGCAGUUCAGCAAUCUGUUUUUCAUGAAGACCUCCAAGGGUUUCCAGGAUGGGCACAUCUGGUACUCGGUUUUCAGCCGCUCCCCACGAAGCUCCUUCACACGAGCCCAGCGUGUGUCAUGUUGCUUCUCACUGCUUCUCUGCACCAUGAUGACCAGCAUCAUGUUUUGGGGAGUGCCAAAGGAUCCAGCUGAGCAGAAAAUGGAUUUGGGUAAGAUUGAGUUCACAUGGCAAGAAGUGAUGAUUGGCUUUGAGAGCUCCCUCCUCAUGUUCCCCAUCAACCUGAUCAUUGUGCAGAUCUUCAGGAACAUACGAUCCCGGCCAGCCACGCAAGGGAGAGAGAAGAAGCCGGGAAAGAAUGGUCGAGUGUCCCCAAGCCUACCUCCCACCCCACAGGUCACCCAGGCUGUCUCACUCACUCCGGAGGCAGUGGUAAAGGAUAUAAGAAGAAUUGCCAACUCACUCUUUAAAGCCCUGAAGACUCCAUCUCUCACUUCAGUAUCAGAUCUUGGAAAAUCAACUAACAUCAACACACUUUUGGCAUUGAUUGAGGACAUCAUUUGCCAGCAGAACAGAGCUGGGCAAGAGUUUUAUGAUGAGAGCAAGAAGAAGGAUGACCCUAUAAUUGUCACACUAGGUGCUAUGGAUAUACAAGAAAAAACAAGAAGCCCAACUCCAGAGAAGGGAAUGUGUGAGCGACUGAAAUACAGUGAUUACAAUCGCUGCUUGUACAUGCAACUCCAGCAUGUAGAGAUGGAACUGGAAUUACUGGAGCCCCAUACAUUUCAGAUGCCUCAGAGUUACACACAAGCUGUUCGUCAGGUUCAGCAUAUGAAGAACCUCCUGGAGAACCGGAUCUGCUCAUCAGCGUCCAUCAGUGAGAGGUGGUCCCUUACUCCAGGCUUCUCCUGUGACGGCAAAAAAAGUUCUUCCAAAGGGCUGCCCUGGUGGUUUGUGUUCAUCGCUUGGUUCCUUGUUGCAGUCACCAGUGGUGUAGCUGGGUUCUUUACCAUGCUCUAUGGGCUGCAUUACGGCAAGGAGAACUCCAUCAAGUGGCUGAUCUCCAUGGCCAUCUCCUUCUUGGAAAGUCUUUUCAUCACACAGCCCUUAAAGGUGCUGGGAUUUGCUGCUUUCUUUGCUCUGGUUCUGAAGAAGGUGGAACAUGAGGAUGAAGAAAACACAGCUAUUGAUGGGCCUUUAUCUGCACCAGGUGAUUCAAAUCCUCUCUUUGGAGCCCGACGGGACAGUAGAAGCAAUAUUUACCAGCCACCUCCUGCUGCUGAUGUGGAGAAAAUGAAAAUCAGUUGCAUGAAGGAGCAGAAAGCAUUUGCCCUCAUCAGAGAAAUCCUGGCCUAUCUGGGAUUUUUAUGGAUGCUGUUACUGGUUGCCUAUGGGCAGAGAGAUCCCAAUUCCUACUACUUAAACAAACACAUUGAGAACAGCUUUACAGAUGGAUUCCACGAUGUUUACAGUUACCAGGAUUUUUUCACGUGGGCAAACACUACCUUAGUCAAAAAUCUUUAUGGAUCAUAUAAAGGAUUCAUUACAGAUGGCAAUUCCAAGCUGGUGGGUGGUGCUCGAAUUCGCCAAGUAAGAGUGAAAGGAAACACCUGCCCUAUUUCUCCCAAACUCCAGCGUGUGGUUCAGGAAUGCCAUGCUCCAUAUUCCCUGCAAACAGAAGAUACAUCAGUUUAUGGGGAACACUGGAAUACUUCAGUCUUUGAUAACUCCUCUGACUUGAGCUCAGCAUGGCAGUAUCAGAGUCAGUCCAAACUGAGAGGGCACGCCAGCUGGGGCAAACUUGCCAUCUACAGGGGAGGGGGAUAUGUGAUUCACCUGGGAACUGAUCCUAAGAAUGCCUCCAGAAUUCUCCAGUACCUUUUCAACAACGUCUGGCUAGACACCUUCACAAGAGCAGUGUUUGUUGAAUUUACAGUCUACAAUGCCAACGUGAACCUGUUCUGCAUUAUAAGCCUGAUGUUUGAAACCAAUGCUUUAGGGGCCUUCUUCACAAGCGCAGAGCUGCAAAGUGUCCGGCUUUACCCAUACACCAACAGUCUCCACAUCUUUGUUGUUGCAGCUGAAGUAAUUUAUUUCCUCUUUAUUGUGUACUACAUGAUAGUACAGGGAAAACUGAUGAAGACUCUGAGAUGGAGAUACUUCCACAGUAAGUGGAAUCUCCUGGAGAUAGCCAUUAUAUUGAUUAGCUGGAGUGCCCUGUCAGUGUUUGUGAAGCGGACAAUCCUUGGGACCCAAGACAUCAGCUACUACCAGGAACACAAAGAGGACUGUGUGAGCUUUAAUGAAACAGCAAGAGCUGAUGCAGUUCUUGGCUACCUGAUUGCAUUCCUAGUGCUUCUCUCCACAGUGAAACUGUGGCACCUCCUAAGGCUCAACCCUAAACUAAACAUGAUCACUUCAACUCUCAGGAGGGCAUGGGGUGAUAUCUCUGGAUUCAUCACUGUUAUUGCAAUCAUGUUCCUCGCCUAUUCCAUUGCUACAAACUUGAUAUUUGGCUGGAAGCUCUACUCUUACAAAACUCUCUUUGAUGCAGCAGAGACCAUGGUCAGUCUUCAGCUGGGAAUCUUCAACUAUGAGGAGGUCUUGGACUACAAUCCAAUUUUAGGCUCCUUCUUAAUUGGAUCCUGCAUAAUUUUCAUGACAUUUGUGGUACUGAAUCUGUUCAUUUCGGUGAUUCUGGUUGCUUUUAGUGAGGAGCAGAAGCACUACCAGGCUUCAGAAGAAGAAGAGAUUGUUGAUCUAAUGCUAAUGAAACUUUUCAGUUUCUUCGGCAUUAAAUGCAAGAAGGAAGAGAAGCCAGUCACUAAUGCUCAACUGAAAUAACCUGUCAACGAUUAAAUGACAACCACAACAACAAGUCACUUCGUGGGUGAAAGAUUUACUUUUUAACUAUCAGCUGCAGUGGCUAGACUUAGGUUAUUGUGGCUCCCGACGAAAACGCUGUGGCGUUCAACCAGUAAGCUGUUGCUGACAUGUUAUUUUGGAGUUAUUAGCUAAGAGAUAACGCUAAACCUAAGAUGAAGCGUCCCACGCGCACCUCCUGUAGUCUUAGCCUCUGUAUUUAAUAAACACCGAGCGUUUGUUGCACCGUCUGGCUAAAACCACUCUCUUUCCGCCAAGCAAGCGCC